GGAGCAUCGUCAGAUCCCGAAAAGCUCACUCAAAUAUGGCGGCCACUCCGUGCAAGUCACUCGUGCAGGUCGACUGAAUGUGCUGUCUAGUUUUAAGAAGGAUAUUGUCAUCUAAAUGAAGAUUGUCUCCCGUACCUAAAGAUUCGGACAGCUACCGGGAGGCAGUGAUUGCCAAAAGUACUUGGAGCGAGAAAACCUAAAAGGAAAGAAUCAUGACGAAGAAAGAAAAGAAAAAAGCAGAUCUUGAUAACCUCAAGCAGGAGGUGGAUAUGGACGAGCAUAAAAUUCCGUUACAGGAACUUUAUACAAGGCUAGGUUCUGAUGCUGAAAAGGGAUUAACUCAAGCUCAAGCUAGGAAAGUGUAUGAACGGGACGGGCCAAAUUCCCUCUCGCCCCCAAAGAAAACUCCUGAAUGGGUCAAGUUUUGCAAGAACCUCUUCGGUGGUUUCGCCCUUCUACUCUGGAUAGGCGCCAUCCUCUGUUUCAUUGCAUAUUCCAUCCAAGCUGGCACUUUUGAAGAGCCCCCAGAUGACAAUCUGUAUUUGGGUAUUGUAUUGUCAGUCGUAGUUAUUGUUACGGGUUGUUUCUCCUAUUAUCAAGAAGCUAGAAGCUCCAAAAUUAUGGAAUCCUUCAAAAAUAUGGUUCCUCAAUAUGCCACAAUAGUUCGUGAAGGCCAGAAGUACACGAUUCCCGCAGAAGGAGUGGUGGCCGGAGAUAUCGUGGAAGUGAAAGGCGGGGAUCGCAUACCGGCGGAUAUCCGGAUCUGCUCCGCCUCUUCCUGCAAAGUGGACAACUCCUCUCUAACAGGGGAGUCCGAACCUCAGAGUCGAUCGCCAGAAAUGACCAAUGAAAACCCAUUAGAAACCAAAAAUCUCGCUUUCUUCUCAACGAACUGUGUAGAAGGUACGUGCCGCGGCAUCGUUAUCAACACAGGCGAUCGCACAGUGAUGGGCCGCAUUGCGAACUUAGCCUCGGGUCUGGAGAUGGGUGACACGCCAAUCGCCCGGGAGAUCGCUCACUUCAUCCACCUGAUCACGGGCGUGGCCGUCUUCUUGGGUCUGGCCUUCUUCGUCACGGCCUUCAUCCUCGGCUACCACUGGCUGGAUGCUGUCAUCUUCCUCAUCGGUAUCAUCGUUGCCAACGUACCAGAAGGCCUACUCGCCACCGUCACCGUAUGUUUAACACUCACUGCCAAGCGAAUGGCCCAGAAGAACUGUCUAGUAAAGAAUUUGGAAGCUGUCGAAACCUUGGGCUCAACAUCUACUAUCUGCUCAGACAAGACCGGAACUUUGACCCAGAACCGAAUGACAGUAGCCCACAUGUGGUUCGACAACCAGAUCAUCGAAGCAGAUACCACUGAAGAUCAGUCAGGAAUGCAGUACGAUAAAACAUCUAUAGGUUGGAAAGCUUUAUCUAGAGUAUGUUGUCUUUGUAGUAGAGCAGAUUUUAAAGCGGGACAAGAAAACAUUCCAAUCUUGAAGAGAGAAUGUGCUGGGGAUGCUUCUGAAUCAGCUAUCCUGAAAUGCAUGGAGUUAGCUGUUGGAAAUGUAAAUGGAUAUCGGAACAAAAACCCUAAAGUCUGUGAAAUUCCAUUUAAUUCAACUAAUAAAUAUCACGUUACAAUCCAUGAUAUUGAAGAGAAUAAUGAACACGUCUACCUUUUAUGUAUGAAAGGAGCUCCUGAAAGAAUCUUGGACAGGUGCGCGACCAUCUAUAUCAACGGGGAAGAGAAGGUGAUGGACGACGAGAUGAAAGAGGCCUUCAACAACGCAUAUCUUGAGCUCGGAGGACUCGGGGAACGAGUCAUAGGUUUCUGUGAUUAUAUCCUACCUGCGGAUAAAUAUCCGCCAGGCUAUCCCUUCGAUGCUGACGAGCAAAACUUCCCCUUAUCCGGCUUGAGGUUCUUGGGUCUAGUGUCCAUGAUUGAUCCACCUCGUGCUGCGGUGCCGGAUGCCGUUGCCAAAUGCAGAAGUGCUGGAAUCAAGGUAAUCAUGGUGACCGGAGAUCAUCCUAUCACUGCCAAAGCCAUCGCUAAAGCCGUAGGAAUCAUUUCAGAAGGAAAUGAAACUGUAGAUGAUAUUGCACAAAGGCUAAAUAUUCCCGUUGAUGAUGUUAAUCCGAGAGACGCAAAGGCAGCAGUCGUUCAUGGUUCUGAACUAAGAGACAUGGCUUGUGACUAUUUGGAUAAUAUACUGAAGUACCACACAGAGAUCGUGUUUGCCCGAACUUCUCCCCAACAGAAGUUGAUCAUCGUAGAAGGUUGCCAACGGCAAGGAGCCAUCGUCGCUGUCACAGGAGACGGCGUAAACGAUUCUCCUGCCUUGAAGAAAGCCGAUAUCGGAGUAGCCAUGGGUAUUGCUGGAAGUGAUGUGAGUAAACAAGCAGCGGACAUGAUUUUGUUAGAUGACAAUUUUGCUUCCAUAGUAACUGGCGUAGAAGAAGGUCGUUUGAUCUUCGACAAUUUGAAAAAAUCCAUUGCCUACACUUUGACUAGUAACAUUCCAGAAAUUACGCCUUUCCUACUUUUCAUUUUGGCUGACGUCCCGCUGCCCCUGGGAACAGUGACUAUCCUCUGUAUUGAUUUGGGUACAGAUUUGGUGCCGGCGAUUUCUCUGGCCUACGAGAAACCCGAAUCUGAUAUUAUGAAACGGAGACCUCGUGACCCGAGUGUCGAUAAGCUUGUGAACGAGAGGUUAAUAUCAAUUGCAUAUGGUCAAAUUGGAAUGAUUCAGGGAGCAGCUGGGUUUUUUGCCUACUUUGUGAUCAUGGGGGAAAAUGGGUUCUUGCCGGGUCGCCUUCUUGGUAUUCGCAAGGAGUGGGACUCAAAAGCUGUCAAUGACCUUACAGACUCCUAUAAUCAAGAGUGGACAUACCAUAAUAGAAAAAUUUUGGAAUUUACCUGCCACACAGCCUUUUUUGCCUCCAUUGUCAUUGUACAAUGGGCAGAUCUUGUUAUCUGCAAGACUCGUAGGAAUUCUAUUUUGCAUCAAGGAAUGAAAAAUCAUAUACUGAAUUUUGGUUUAGUAUUUGAAACGGCCUUAGCUGCCUUCCUAUCUUACUGCCCAGGAAUGGACAAAGGUCUUCGAAUGUAUCCUUUGAAGCUCUUCUGGUGGCUUCCAGCCCUACCCUUCUCUCUCCUCAUCUUCGUGUACGACGAGGCGCGUCGCUUCAUCCUGCGGCGCAACCCCGGCGGCUGGGUGGAGCGAGAGACUUACUACUAAAAGCAGAGAUUCACUGUGGCCCCGUGUGCGCCCGGAACACCUUUGUCGAUAUUUGAGGGCCUUCUUUCAUCGUUGUCUGUGUGUUCAGCCAUCGCCGCAGUGUGCGAAAUAUACCUUCUUGUUUCGAACACGCAUCUCUUUACACAUCAUACUCUAUCUUGUUCGUAGUCUGGUGCUUCAACGCCUUCCGAUGGCUGCCACCACCACGGGGAAUAGGUGUUCUUCGGCGAAACAGAGGCUUAUGUAUACACACACAUAUAUAUAGAUAUAUAUAUGAAAUAAGAAAAUAUAUGCAAGCAGAGCGGAGGGAGGCUGUUAUGUAUAUGUAUAUACACACUUAUAUGCAUGUAUAUAUACAUAUAUAUGUAUCAUAUUUAUGUUUCUGUUCUUUGCAAAACAUGCAAUGAAAAGUUGUCCAACGAUUUAAAAUUUAUCUAUUUUGAAAAUGCUGUCAUAACCAAUACUGCCGGAACGGGAAAGAAAAGUGCUUUGAUAUGAAUUCUAGAACCCGUGUUUCCCGCUCAGAGGGAACAUCGGUGGACAAACUGAUUAUAUCGGAGGAAGUCAAGACGGUUGUACACAGUCUACGUACCUCCACAUUCCAGCAAUUCGCACUGUGAUGCUGUGUGAGGUUUUGCAGUGUUAUCCAGUUGUAUUGUUAUAUGAUCGUUUCCUCCCACACCCCGCGAAAUCGUCCCAGUCAUCCUUUGUUUCCGAGUUCCGUUUCGCCAUAGCUCUUUUUCCAGGCAUCCGAUGCGCAGCUCAUAUUUUUAACGUGGAAGCCGGUGGUAACAAGAGCCAUUCAUUCACUGUACGUGACAGUUGUCGAGAAAAGAAGAAAUGUAUUAUAUCUGCCAUCGUUUCGAAUGAAAAGGAAAUGAUGCUAGAAAAUUUUUGUGGUGAAACGGAGCCGUUGUCUAAAGCAUUCAAGAUUUUUUUUAUGGACCAGAGGACAAUUUUUGGUUUCUUUUGCUGUCUGAAAUGAAUAAGAUAAUCGUUAUUUGCUUCAUAGUCAGCUCUAGCCAUAAAAAGUAGCUAGCCAGUAUUUUCGCCUCACUUUGUUUAUGAUACUAUUGACGAUAACCAUAGUUUUCGAAAUAUGAAAUGUUACAAUUUAAUGCACCCAGUGGAAAACAGGAACUCAUUUCGGGGGACAAAAAUCUCAAUUAGUUCAUGGCUUAAAAUAGCGACUUUGGUUCUCAUACUUUGAAAGAGUUAAGAGUUAGAAAUUCGCGUUGCAAAAACAAUAAUUUUUCUUCGGGCAAUGGUAGCGUCCUAGGAUUGACUAUAGGCUAGGAGGAAGAAUUUUACAAUUUUUACUUUUAGCGCCAAUCUUCACAUUCAUUUAGUCGAGAAUCGCUUAUUCAUAUUAUUCUCACUCCACGUAGAGAAACAAAUUAAGAGAAAGCCACCAAAAGGGAGAAUGGCAAGCAAAGAACUGUAAUGUAGUUUUUCAAUUAUUUAUCGGGAAAAAUACAACUGUAGUUUCUUAGAGAGCCAAGGGAAUAAAUUACAGAUGUGAUAUAUGUGUUUUGUGCGAUUAUAUUUCAUGAUGUUCAGCUAAGGUUUAAUUUGCCAAUAAAGUGAUACACGGACCAUCUCAUUGUCGAUUCCAGUUCUCUUCAAAUAGAUUGCCUGAAAUUGAAAGUUGCUUCGUCUUUCAAGAAUUAACUAUCAGAAAUCUUAGCAUUGUUUUUCACCAAUGAAUUUUUCAAACACUACUUGAAUGUGGCUAUGUUUCAUUAGCUUUCACCUCAGCUUAAAUUUUUCAGGACGCAGAAAAAUUAACUGGCUUAAAUACACAUCUAUACACAAAAUACAUUCUAUUACUAACUGUAAUUUUGAUUAUUUGUUUGCUGAACGAAAAGAAUGUAAGUUUUUCCUUUUUUUCAGCUAGAACGCUGCUUAACGUAUAAAAAGUAAGCCUUCAUUUAUGCUCCAGAUAUAACUUAAUGUCUUAAUAUGCCUUUUAUAGUUUCAAUUAUUUUAUCGGUUAGUUAAUCUAAACUGCUCUUACUGUGUCAUAUGAAGUAUUGUAUACAAAACAUUUUCGAAUAUUUUUCACUUUAUUGCAAUAAAUAUUUUAAACUGAUAAACGGAAGAUAUUUUUAAAAAGGUAAAACAAUUAAAAAGUAUUAAGCAAAGAUGAACUAUAAUUUUUUUUAUAAUGAAACUUUUUUGAUGAAGCAUUUCUAGGACAUGACUUAAUUUAAUCCAAGGGGGGCACAUGAAAUUUAGAACAUUUUGUACAAAAACGAAUUCACCUUUAAAGUGAAGUAAAUUUUUUAUUUAUUUAGGAAUUUACAAAUUGCCGACAAUCCAAGAUCUGUUUUUAAAUGACAAUUUGAGAAAUCUUUUUGCUCUGUGAAGGAAGUUUAUGUGAAAAUAUUUUUCAUUUACAUUUUUUUUUCUAUUUCGUAAGAGCAAAAAUGUACUAAAAUUGGUGUUUCCGGGAAAAUACUGAGAAAUAUUACAUCUAUAGAUAGUCUUUCCAUAAAUAAUAAUGUUUAGUGAAAAAUAAUAGAAUUAAAUUUAUUUGUCAGUUGUACCAAAUGCAUUAGAAGUUGCUUUCGGAACAUAUAUAGAACUAUGGCAAUUCAUUUGUACAAAAAAUUUGAGUCUAUAUUAAUAGAGAAAAACAUAAAAUAAAAGUGACAAAACUUUAAUGAG